AUGUCAAAUAAUUCAAGUGAAUCAGUUAACGCUAUCAGUAUUAAAGAUGUACUAACCAAAGCACUUUCCAUUCAUGUUGGAAAUACUUAUUAUGCUAAAGAUGGUACGCUCAUCAAGAAUAUAGCUCAAGUCAUUCCACAGAAUCUUUAUGACGGUCAUACUUUCGAUUAUGACGUUGACUUGAUAAAGGUGUCCAUUCGAUUUAAUGAUCGUCACAUUUGCGGUGGUGCUAUUAUUAACGAAGAAUGGGUUAUCACAGCUGCUCACUGCGUAAAAGGUUCAUUCGCAGGAUAUAUAUCGAUAAAAGCAGGAGUAUCGGAUUUAAAAAAGAUAGGUACGGUGCUUCGUGCUAAGAAAAUUUUAAUGCAUGGGUUUUAUAAUCCGCGUAAUUCGGAUUAUGAUAUUGCAUUGAUUCAAUUAGAGAAGCCACUUCGUUUUGAUUACAAUAUAAAACCCGUAUUGUUACCAAAAAUUACGGAUCAGUAUAAGGCAGGUACUAAGGCCGAUGUGACGGGCUGGGGAGUUUUCAAAAAGGAUGGUGUAGUGACUGAUAAAUUACGCGAAGUAAGGGUGCCAAUCGUUUCGAAUUCCAAUUGUUCGUACUUGUAUAAAAGUCGUGCAAUUACUUCAAGGAUGUUGUGUGCUGGUUAUGUAAAUGUUGGUGGAAAAGAUGCUUGUCAGGGCGACAGUGGAGGACCAUUAGUACAACAAGGGAUAUUAAUUGGCAUUGUAUCUUGGGGUUACGGAUGCGCAGAACCGUUAUAUCCUGGUGUUUAUACAAGAGUAGCAGCUUUUAGAUCUUGGAUAGCUAGAUAUUCUAAAGUAUAAGA